UCUCUCUCUGUGGCGUGUAAAGAAAAAAAACUUUAGGCUCCACUAAACAGAGCUCGCCUUUGCAGCGCAGAGCGAAUCUCUACGCCGCCGACUUAGGUCCGUUCACUUUGCGGAUCCAGUUUGCAGAAAUAAAAUAAUAAUGGAAGUUCAUCAAAUGGAUCAGAGGAACUUCACUUUUCACCGGAGAUCGUCGGUCCGCGCCUCGUUCUCAAUCUUUCUUCUCUUUUUCCUGCUGUCGCUUCUGUCAGGUUCAACCUCAGCGGGUGUCUCACCACAGACAAUAACAGCCUAUGUGGGUGAAACAGUCAUCCUGCCGUGUCGCAUCGAUGUUAAUGGAGAACUCCCCACGCUGGAGUGGUCCAAGGAGGGGUUAUCCCCUUCAAACAUUACCUUACUGUACCGACAAGGCUGUGAGACGUUUGGGAUGAAAAAUCUGGCAUUCCUUUACAGGACAAACCUUUUGCUGAACAACCUAAAAGAUGGCAACAUCUCUCUGAUUAUCUACAACCUGAAACUGUCCGAUGGGGGUACGUACCACUGCAGGACCCUCAGGGGGAAGCAGUGGCAGAUUCAUGCAAUCCUGAUCCUAAAUAUGGGUGCUGUUUCGGAACCAAAGCUCACAUUUGUUCACACCACUGCUGGUGGUGGAUUGACCCUAGAGUGUAAGGCUGAAUGCUGGUUCCCUGAGCCUGAGAUAACGCUGCACGAUGAUGAAGGGAAUGAGCUUCUGGCGGAAAGCAUGAAAAGAUCUACAGCCACAGCAGAAUGCUUCACUGUCACCAGGAGAGCGACUGUAAAGACUCACGUCAGCAGAGUGACCUGUACAGUCCAUGGGAAAAUGCUGAAUCAGACCAAGAAAACUGAGAUUUUUAUUCCAGUAUCUUUAGGUCACUGUAUGCAGUCUUGCUUAAACUAUGGAUUCAUCACUGGAAUCAUUGUUCUUGUUCUGACAAGUGGAACGGCUGUCUGUAUACACCAAAAACUUUGGGAGAGGAGACGAAACUGCUGUCUAAGAAGAAAAAAAUCAGAUUCAUACAAAAAUGACGAAGAAAAGGCAGAAAAAAGACCGAAAUCCAAACACAAUGGUACCUCAGAGCCAGAGAAGAGGACACAUGAUUCGGGAUCCUCAGAGCAAGUAACCCUAUGCUCAAGUGACAGCAGAUCCCUGGAGGGACAGUCAAGAACAUCCCCCAACCCUCAUAAUACAGACAGACCAAAAAAUACAUCUUCCAAGGCAUCUCAUCUGCUCCCACCUGCUAGACUUCAGAGAAACCUAAGUUACCGAUCAGAUAAAAGUGAGGAUUCUGAGUCACUGCUCCAAGGGGGCCCAAUAACUGAAGAACAGGAUAACAGUCUGCCAAACAGCAGUUAAAAAACAGCUGAUCAGAACUUUUUAGGCAGGGCUUCCCUUUAGUUUUUCUUAUCCCCCUUUUUCAGUCUACAAUGAAUUAAUUACAUGGUUUACAUGGUGGCACAGCUUGUUUUCUCUGUGGCCUUGUGGUAAGAGGGUUAAAAUGGUGGGCUUUCAGUGUGGAGUUUCUAUGUUCUGUCCAGAUACUGUUGCUUUCCCCCUCAAUCCAAAGAUUUGACGGUUUAGUUGUACCAGGCUGUUGCUCAAUGACUGCUGGAGAUGUGUUACCAGUCCCAUUGCAACCCUGCCAGAAUAAGUGUAUAAUGUAUAUAAUUACUAUAUAUAUAUAUAUAUAUAUA